AUGGAUGCCCCACCUGAGUAAGAGAAGAAAGUCAGUCUCUUGAGUCUGCUACUCUAUGGAAGCGAGCACAGGUUGAACCAGGUCAUUCGGUUCAUGAAGGCCAACGAAAAGAUGAAGAAUGAGGGCCUCCUGUAAAGUGUGACUUCCAAGAUCAUCGUAUCUCUCAACAAUCCUCAGAACCUCCUGGAUGCUCUCCCUCAAGAAUUCUUUAAUAGUGCGUACAGCUAUGCCUAAUAUUUCUACAACUUCAAGUUUGAAAAUCUUCAGCAGAACCAGGGUAUUCUACUUGAAUUGCUGAAGAACUCCAAGGAUGAGCUGGUUCAGUAAAUACGAUCGAAGCAUGAGGCAGUCAUUGACCUGGAGAUGGGUGAGCAUCUUCGCAUGAUAUAGUUCAGUCCUGGUGACAACCUUGACGAAAUCAAAGAACCAGCUUAGGACGAGAUUUAUUUGUCUCAAGUUAGACAGGACCAGCACCAGCAGCAGCUGAAAAAUCUACACCCUCGUUACUCAACCUAUAUAAAGCUCCAUCUCAAUGGUCAACACCAACAUAUCAGUUGA